AUGUUGAAACUGGCUGCUACCUUUUUGGCCGUUGGCCUCGCGCCGUUGACCGCCCUCGCUGCUGACAGCCAUUUCGCCAUUUCCGGGGUCCAGGUCACCGGCGAGGUUCCUAUCCGGAAGAACGUCAAUGAUCUCUAUGCCAAGGGUGGCCCUCAAUGGGAUCUCUAUCUCCAGGCUCUCAAGGCGCUGCAAGCAAAGCGCGCAGACGACCCCCUGUCCUAUUUCCAAGUCAUGGGUAUUCACGGCCAGCCGUACAUAGAGUGGAACAAGGGGGGAGCCCACCGUGCCCGAGGCGACGGAUGGGACGGAUACUGCCCUCACGGGGAAAACCUCUUCCUGCCCUGGCAUCGCCCGUUUGUGCUCCUGCACGAGCAGCUCCUGGUCGGCGAAGCCGUCAAAAUCGCUUCCAAGUAUCCCGAAAAGCACCGAGCUCGAUAUCUCCAGGCUGCCAAGACUCUGCGCUCGCCAUAUUGGGACUGGUCUCUCAACUCUGAUGUCCCGCCUUGCACCGUCCCCACCACCAUUGCCGUCAACGUGCCCGACGGCCAGGGACUCAAGAAGCAGCUCAUCAAGAACCCGCUGCAGUCAUUCGACUACCCGCAGGCCGCUCGCGAUGGCCAGUUUGGCGGCUUCCCCAACUACCAGAGGACCGAGAGGUGUCCGGCACCCCAGAGCUAUCCCCAAAGCGCCAACGCGAACCUAGCUCAGCUUGGACUGAAGCAAAGCACCUAUGACGCCUUUACAUACUCUCAAACAUUCGACGAUUUUGCGGUUUCUCGACAGAGCGGUUUGGGAGUCGAGCAAAUGCACAACUCGAUCCACUGGGAUGCCGGUUGCGGUGGUCAGUUCGUGAAUCCCGCCGUCGCAGGUUUCGACCCCAUCUUCAUGCUUCACCACACCCACGUCGACCGGCUCUGGGCAUACUGGAACUUCAUCAACCCCUCGCAGUCGUCCUUUUCCGAUUCCUACAACGGCGACGCGCGCUACUCCACUGAGCAAAACACGCUCAUCACGCCAGACUCCCCCCUCCCGCCCUUCUACGACGCCAACAACACCUACUAUACCCCCGCAACGGUCGCCAGCAUCCAGGGCAUGGGAUACACGUACGAGGCUCUCGAGUACUGGAACAAAUCGCCGCAACAGCUUCAGCAAGAUGCCAUCAAGCUCAUGAACAAGCUCUACGGCCCCAGCCAGCUGCCAGGGAAACGAGCAGCCACCCAGGACAAUACCCGCUACUUUGCUCGCGUCGAGCUCGAUCGCGAGCACGUCGAGCGUCCUUGCUCGAUCCGGGUCUUUGUUGGCGGCAAACCGGCCGCCAGCGCAGUGGUUAUGCAGCUGCCCCAGACCGGCAUCAUGCACGCAAGCGUGCCAGUCGACGAGCAGAUGCAGCAUGCUUUCGCGCAGACUCCUUCGUCCAAUGGCACCAUGAGCUCCGUCGAGAAACUGGUCGAAGUGGAGAUUCGCAAGGUUGACGGGACUGUCAUUCCUCUCAGCACCGUGAGCAGCCUGAAAAUCAGCCUCCAGAAGGUUGCCGUCACACCAGCCAAGUCCGACACUGAGUUCCCUACUCCUGGCAAGGUGGUGAAGCAGCGGGUCCGCCUUCGCGACCGCCACAGGGAAACCAAGUCGACAAGCUAG